UUCCAUUUACUUUUCUCUGCACCGACUGAGCUCCGCACGUGAUCUCCAUGGUAACGUCAUCGCGUACAAGGAAGUUAUCCCGGGGAACGAAUUGUAAUAGCUAAGGAUGACAGCAAAGGUACUUUUGCCACGAAGGGCUGAUCCUGUUGAGCUCAAGGCCAUUUUCCUUCAGUAUGCCAGCAUUAAGAAGAAUGAUGACUAUUUCAUGUCCCCCGAGGACUUUGUGUCCCGCUUCCUCCACGCACACACAGACAUCCGCCUGUCCAACGAGGCCACCGCUCUGCUGGCAGGGGUGGUGGACCAGACAAAGGAUGGGUUGAUCUCGUUUCAGGAGUUCUGUGCUUUUGAGUCGGUGCUCUGCGCUCCUGACGCCCUCUUCAUGGUCGCAUUCCAGCUGUUCGACAAAACUGGCAAUGGGGUGGCCACUUUUGAGGAUGUAAAGCAAGUGUUCGGCCAGACCACCAUCCACCAGCACAUCCCCUUCAACUGGAACUCUGAGUUUGUGCAGUUGCAUUUCGGCAGCGAGAGGAAGAAGCACCUGAGCUACGGAGAGUUCACUCAGUUCCUACUGGAGAUGCAGCUGGAGCACGCCAGACAGGCGUUUGCGCAGCGAGACAGGGCCCGCAGCGGCACCAUCACGGCGCUGGACUUCAGGGACAUCAUGAUCACCAUCCGCCCGCACAUGCUCACCCCCUUCGUGGAGGAGUGCCUGGUGGCCGUGGCUGGUGGAAGCACGUCUCAUCAGGUCAGCUUCUCCUACUUCAACGGCUUCAACUCGCUGCUCAACAACAUGGAGCUCAUCAGGAAGAUCUACACCACUCUGGCCGGACACCACAGGGAUGUGGAGGUUACCAAAGAGGAGUUCAUCAUCGCUGCCCAGAAGUUUGGGCAGGUGACGCCCAUGGAGGUGGACAUCCUGUUCCAGCUGGCAGACCUGGUCGAAGCACGGGGACGUGUCGGGUUGGCAGACAUCGACAAGAUUGCGCCCUUGGAGGAAGGGGCCCUACCAUAUAAUUUAGCAGAAGUCCAGCGGCAGCAGUCGAGUGGCGGCUCUCGCCCCGUGCUGGUCCAGGUGGCCGAGUCGGCCUACCGCUUCGGGCUGGGCUCCGUGGCUGGAGCGGUGGGCGCCACUGCCGUCUACCCCAUCGACCUGGUGAAGACGCGCAUGCAGAACCAGCGCACCACCGGCUCCUUGGUGGGCGAGCUCAUGUACAAGAACAGCUUCGACUGCUUCAAGAAGGUGGUGCGCUACGAGGGCUUCUUCGGCCUCUACCGAGGUUUGCUGCCGCAGCUUCUGGGUGUGGCCCCCGAGAAAGCCAUAAAGCUUACAGUGAAUGACUUUGUCCGUGGGAAGGCCAGGCAAAAGGACGGCACCGUCCCCCUGCCUCUGGAGAUACUGUCUGGAGCAUGUGCCGGAGGCUCCCAGGUGAUCUUCACUAACCCCCUGGAGAUCGUGAAGAUCCGUCUGCAGGUGGCGGGAGAGAUCACCACAGGCCCGCGGGUCAGCGCACUCUCCGUCAUCCGAGACCUCGGCUUUUUUGGCCUCUACAAGGGCGCUAAGGCCUGCUUCAUGCGCGACAUCCCCUUCUCAGCCAUCUACUUCCCGUGCUACGCUCACACCAAGGCGUCGCUGGCGGACGAGGACGGGCGCGUGGGGCCCGGCAGGCUGCUGUUCGCCGGGGCGCUGGCGGGCAUGCCUGCUGCAUCCCUGGUGACCCCUGCUGAUGUGAUCAAGACCCGGCUUCAAGUGGCUGCCCGCGCAGGCCAGACCACUUACACUGGAGUCAUUGACUGCUUCUGGAAGAUUCUACAUGAAGAGGGCCCUCGAGCCUUCUGGAAAGGAGCCGGAGCUCGAGUGUGCCGUUCCUCGCCCCAGUUCGGAGUCACGCUGGUGACCUACGAGAUUCUGCAGAAGUGGUUCUACGUUGACUUUGGGGGACAAAAGCCGCCUGGCUUGGAGCCUCCUCCCAAGUCUCGCAUCAGCCUGCCGGCGCCCAACCCCGACCACAUUGGUGGUUUCAGGUUGGCCGUAGCCACGUUUGCUGGCAUCGAGAGCAAGUUCGGCCUGCAUCUGCCUCGCUUCAGCGUGCCCGCCAACCCAGACUUCUCCUCCUGCGGGUGCCCCUGAAGCUCCCCGGGCCUGUCUAAGGGGGGCGCCACUGGGUACUCCAGCCCCUCCAUGACCCCCCCCCCGAAAGAAAAAAAAUCCCCCUGCCCGUCUCUCUUUGCCAGGGACAGCGACACACUAAACCAUCAUUUUACGCCCGCUGUACUUAGUGUGACACACACACAAAAAAGGAGAACCAUAGCUUUUCUGAAAGUAAAAAAAGAGAGAUGUGUGCACUCGCAAGAACAUUCUAGAAAUUUCUGAUCUUAUGCUUCCAACCAUAAGACUGUUUGCUCAAGCCCAAAGCAAUCCAAAAAAGCAUUUAUACUGGUUCAUGUAGUUGUCCCAGCAGGACACUCUCAUAAGUAUUUAUUCUGGGGGUCAUAAGGUGUAUACCUUUAAGAGUUGUGUGUUGUUGUUGAUGAGUAAUAUAAAUGAUUAUAGAGUUUAAAUAAUAACCAUAUGUACUUUUGUCAGUGAACAGAUGAUUUUGACAUCACUGACACUGACAAAUACUACAUGGCCCACAAUUAUCCGCUUAUCAUUGAUGGUCUAUAUCUCAAUUAUCAAAAACUCACAGUAAUUCAAAGACAAGCCUAUUUUAAUAGGCCCCAUUGGGACACACAUGAUAUAUUUUAACGCAAUACGUGACUCCGUGAGUUUAAAAGUAGCACAAGUAUAUCAGGAUAAAGAUAUCAGAUUAAAGAGAUGUAUUUUUUAUAAAGUUAGUCGAGAACCUAACCUUUCAUGUUUACUGAUUUAUUGAUGCCCUGACACUUGAGACCACCUAGCAACAGAAGCACUUAGCAAACUGCCGACGGAAAGUGUUAGAAACAUGGUAGACACACUACCUACUAUCUGUGAAAAAAAAAAAACCAGCACUUGAAUAUUCUCUUCGGUGUCCACCCUCCAAUCAUUCUCGUCCGGGCGGACGACGCGAGGAUGUAACCGGAACUGUAGUGUCAAUCAUGGUGUGGUAGGCAACUUUGAAGUUGAACUACAGUGUAACACUAUGGUCUGGUGCCCUCAGCUUUUUGGAGUGAAGAUGAUAAAAUUGAUGUAAAACUGUAGAAUGUAAGGAGAGUGUGCCUUACUGUAAGUACGGCAGCGAUAUAUAUGUACGGUUUAAUAAAAAUAAACCAAA